GCUGCUUUGCUAUUUACUGCUGCUGCUCCACACAAACGAAAUCAAAUCGGGGGAAGACGACGACGGCUGUACUGCGGAGGAAAGGUUUUCCGGCGGCGACUUAUCGAUGGAUGCUAGCCUCCUUCUCCGGUGCCCUGUCAAGCCGAAGCUCAAGCGCCCUUGCUGUGCUCCUUUCCCCGAUUCCGCUGCCGAGAAUCCGAAUCUGAAUCAGCUGGACGCGCUCUUGGAAUCGUUUCUCGAACUCUCCGAUUCGUCCUCGGUUGCUCUCGACCUCUCCUUUGAUCGCGUGCUGGAAUCCAGAGCUUACGAUUCCGACAAGAUCGGCCUGAUCGAGCAGGCGCUCCGCCUUGGUUCGGUUCUCACUGAAGCGGCUAGGCGAUCGGCGAGGAGCCUUGCUUGUAAGCACAACGCUGUCGCGUGGCCUUUGCCGUCUGAUCUUACUGUCAAGGUGUUCUCAUUGCUUGAUACACAAAGUGUAUGUCAUGCGGCAGCUACAUGCUCUUUUUUCCACAAGUGUGCUGCUGACCCGUCUUGCUAUUCCAAUAUUGAUUUGACCAUGGGAGUGCCUAAGGUCAAUAAUAUGGUAGUUUCAACAAUGAUCCAGCGAGCUGGAAAAGUUCUGCAUUCCCUUAAACUUGGGAUAGUCCCCUCCCAGCCUGUUGCAUUACCAGGUUCAUCUGAGGUGCUGGUUUAUUCUAUGAGGAAUUCCUCAGACAAAUCUGGAUUUUCUUGGAAUGAUAAAAGGUCUAGACAGGGAAAAGAAUCAUUUAUACUUACCAGGUCUUGCUUGGCUCCAUUGCUUGCUGAUGGUGGUGCUCCAGGGUCUCUUCUGAGAAGAUUGCAUCUUUAUAACAUUGAAAGAAUGGACAACACAGCAUUUGGUGCUGCAAUAUCAGCUUGUCCAUCUUUGCUUGAUCUAGAAAUUGUUGGCCUUCAUGUGGAGCUAAGGCAGACACUGGACUCAGUGAGUAGAUCUUGCCCUCUGAUAGAGCGACUAUUUUUCGAAUCAUCAAAAACAGGUCGAGACGACAGUUUGAAAUUACCAACAUGCAAUGAUCUAGUGUCAAAUUGCCCACAUAUUUCAUCAUUGGCACUCCGAGGCUUCAAGUUGCACGACAUUAAAGUUCGUGUACUUGUAAAGGGGCUCCGGAAUUUGAAGUGUGUGGACUUCUCAAUGUCCUACUCAAUUACUGGUGACUUUCUUAGAAAUCUAGGCAGCAGUGCCGGUGGAAGCUUAUUGGAGAUUUUGAUUUUACGGGAUUGUAUGCACUUGAGAGAAGCGGAAGUGUCGAGAUUGCUAUCGGCAAUUCUUUCAGGACGCUUCAAGCACCUUAGACACCUUGACAUAUCGAAUCGAGAGGGGCUGGCCUCGGACGAUGAUUGGUACCAUAGAUGUUACACCCCAAGCUUCAUGUCCUUGGGAGAAUUAUUGGAAGAGAGGCCUAAUUUGCGCGUUCUUGCAGAUUUUCCCGCGGAUGGAAGUUUUGUCGAAGAGCCAAUGUCGAGCAGCGACGUAAACAGUGAGCCUUUUUCGCAGUCGUUGACAUCCAGUCACACAUCUGAUGAUUACGUGUUCACUAGUUCAUCAGAAGGCAAUUAUAGCAGCGACCAAAGUAGCGGCAACGAGGACAACCCCGCCCCUAACCACCAUCCGAAUCUCGACGAAAGCUCGGAUGAGGUGGACUACUUGUAGCACGAGGGUGUGUUUUGAAUUAUUAGCACCCGAAACAUUACAGGUACGAUUUUACCUUGAGGCUCAUCGUGUUUCCAAAGACUGAAAAAUGCUAUUGACAUGUAUGAGAUAGUUAUCGAAAAUAAAUUUAUCGCUACCA